CAAGAGCUUUCGAAGUCAUCGUGUAUCAUUCAUGAGACAUGGAGUCAUUCUAAGCGGCUUACUUAUGAGAAACCUCUGAUGAAGCUGAGACUCUAUCAUUUGAUAGCGGUUUCAAUACAUUUAAAUCCCAGGAUUGCUUCCCGAUCUUGCGCAUACUCCGCCGGCAUUACCGCCCGCCAUCAUCAUCCUGCUUCAGCCUGAUGCUAAUAAGACUUUCGCAAGAUGAUGAGGAUUACUGCAGACGAGGAUGAUGAUGACAUCUUGGUCAUCGGUAUUGACUUUGGCACAACUUACUCUGGUGUUGCCUGGGCUACCUUCGCCGACUUCGAGAGUGAUCAGGUCAACCUCAUUACUACCUGGCCUGGUACGGGCAGAGAAGAGGGUAAAGUACCGACCGAGUUGUUUUACGAAGAUGGCGAGAUGAUGUGGGGCUACGAAAUCCCGGUCGACGGCGAUCCCAUCCGUUGGUUCAAGCUCCUCUUGCUGAGAGACGAAGAUUUAGCUGAAGAGUUGCGCUCCUCUGAAUUCGUUCUCCGCGGCCGCAAGAUGCUGAAAGAAAACAACAAGAUGGCGACUGAACUCAUCGCCGAUUAUCUCCGAGCACUAUACACAUACAGCCUUCAGCAGAUCGUAAAGUCUCGCGGAGUCUCGGUAGUGGACGCUCUGAGAUUUCACGUGGUCAUCACAAUACCCGCAAUCUGGAAGGGAUAUGCUAGACAGAGUAUGGUAGAGGCCGUAAAGAAAUCUGGUAUACUCAGGCGACGACUUGCCGGAGAAACAACACUGAGCUUUGCGCCGGAGCCUGAGGCCGCUGCUUUAUCAACACUGUCUGAACCAGGUCGCAAGACAAAGCAAGGCGAUGUAUAUAUGAUAUGUGAUGCCGGAGGCGGCACUGUGGACCUAAUAAGUUAUGAGGUCAAUCAGACCAAUCCAGUCAAGAUGGGUGAGGCAGUCGAGGGCACAGGUGGCCUUUACGGAGGUAUCUUUAUCGAUGAAGGGUUUGAAGCCAUGUGCAAAGCCCGGCUCGGUAGAAGAUGGGAUCGUUUGAGCAAAGCAGGCAUCAAAGAGGUUUUGAAAGGCGAAUGGGAACAUGCCAUCAAGCCUCAAUUCAAGCAAGGCAACGAUGGAAAGGAAUACAUCGUCGGAAUCCCAGCUGAAGCCUUUGGGAAGACCAGUCUGGAUGACGACAGCCGAGAGCCAUUCAUCAAGAGAGGACGCAUUCAUUUCAAAAGUUCACACAUACAGCAGGCAUUUGUCUCCUCGUUCACUGGUAUCGAUCGUCUUGUAGACGAGCAAAUUGGUAAAGCAGCACAGAAGGGUCUGAAGAUGACGGGGAUCAUACUUGUUGGGGGUCUGGGCGCAAGUCCAUACUUGUAUGAUCAUCUGCAGGCCAAGCAUGCAAAGGCAGGAAUGAGCGUAUUGCAAUCCGGUGGGAUGAGGCCUCGAACCGCUAUUUGUCGCGGCGCGGUCUUCAAGGGCUUCCUCGAUGGGGUCUGCAAAGGCGAUCUCACCACUCCAAGCGGCGAUAUACUGGAAACCCCCAUCAUGAUCUCGUCGACGGUUUCGAGAGCUAGCUUCGGGAGCGUGUUCAGAUCCACAUUUGAUGCGACCGAGCAUCUUCAAGAGGACAAAGUAUGGUCUUCGGAAGAGCUCGAAUGGAAAGCCGACAACCAGAUGAGAUGGUAUCUCAAAAGGGGCGAAAACGUGUCCAAGAAGGACCCAGUUCAAUCAAAAUUCUACAAACUGCAUAGAACAGAUCCCGGACGCGACUUAACCAUCGAAUUCUUCCAAUGUCACGACAGAGAUGCGCCAACUCGGCGUACAUCGAGCGUCGUUCCACUGUGUGCGUUGAACUGCACAAUCGACAAACCCUUCUCGGAGUGGGACGACUUCGUCAAUUCGAAAGGCGAGGUCAUGAAGAAAUUCGACUAUAUGGUCGAGAUGACACCAUCGGGUGCAGCUGUUGAGUUCGUGGUGUAUCAUGGCCAGAAGAAAUUAGGUACGCAGAAUAUGAAGGUUUUGUUUCAGUGA